GUGAGAAUGGCUGGCCCCCCUCCGCCGGGGACGAGGCAGAAAGCCAGGAGAAGUUUAUUGACGACCUGCAGGACCGGAAGACGGAAAUCUACCGCGGCUAUGUGACGCCAGAGGCUUACCACUCAUUCAGCUUGACCCCGAAGCCGGAAUAA